CAUUUUCUUUCAUCCUUUCCUCGAAUAUUGUUGUGUUCAGUUUACUAAAUUAACAUGAUGAAUUUCAAACCUUUUGUUUUCCUAAUAAUUCUGUUUGGUAUGGUUCUCAUCUCUGUAGUGGUGGCUGAAGAGCCUGAUCCGGAUGAGAUACAAGCUAUAAAAACAAAUGAAGAGCAUGAAGAACUUAGAGGAUGUCACAAGAAGGAAAAAGUUCUAGGUGGAAGGAAAUUGAUCUUGAAGCCACUUGAUGAUGAGAAAUGUAAAGAAAAGGGAGGCGACGGGUAUAGUGGUGGUGGAGGAUCUAGUGGUAGUGGCGGCGGUGGAGGAGAAGGAGGUGGAAGCGGAGAAGGAGGUUAUGGUGGUGGAGGAAGCGGGAGUGGAGGAGCAAGCGGUACUGGUGGAAGUGGAGGUUCUGGAGGUAGCGGUAGUGAAGGAGGAGGUGGAAGCGGAGGCGGUCAUGGUGGAGAAGGAAGUGGAGGAGGUAGUUCUGGUGGUGGUGGGGGCGGAGCCGGUGGUGGUGAAGGUGUUGGGGGAGGUUAUGGUGGAGGAGGAAGUGGUGGUGGAAGUGGAGCAGGUGGUGGAAGUGGAGGAGGAAGUGGUGGUGGAGGAGGUAGUUCUGGUGGUGGUGGGAGUGGAGCCGGUGGUGGUGAAGGCAGUGGUAGUGGUGGAAGCGGAGGAGGCAGUUCUGGUGGUGGGAGUGGAGCAGGUGGUGGUCAAGGCAGUGGUAGUGGUGGAAGCGGAGGAGGCAGUUAUGGUGGUGGUGGGAGCGGAGCCGGUGGCGGGGAAGGAGGUAGUUCUGGUGGUGGAGGUGGAGGUGGAGGUGGUAGUAGCGGAGGAGGAGGUUAUGGUAGUGGAAGUGGAGCAGGUAGUGGAAGUGGUGGUGGAAGUGGAUCGGGUAGUGGAGGAGGUGAAAGCGGAGGAGGCGGCUCUAGUGGUGGUGGAAGUGAAGGAGGAAAAGGAAGUGGCGGUGGAAGUGGAGGAGGAGGUUAUGGUAGUGGAAGUGGAGCAGGUAGUGGAAGUGGUGGUGGAAGUGGAUCGGGUAGUGGAGGAGGUGAAAGCGGAGGAGGCGGCUCUAGUGGUGGUGGAAGUGAAGGAGGAAAAGGAAGUGGCGGUGGAAGUGGAGGAGGAGGUUAUGGUAGUGGAGGAAGCAGUGGAGGCGAUGGAGGUUAUGGCAAUCAUAUAUGAGAACUUUAUAUUUUAUGGCAGUUAUAGAAAGAGAAUAUACACUCUCUUUAAAUUUAUUUUAUCCUUGAAUGUUUGCCGUAAGUAUUGUAUCUCCACCAUCUAUAUGUAGUACAUAAACUAUGAAUGAAAAUAUUGGAGAUAUGGAUAAUAAUCAUAAUGUGUAACUUGCAUGGUUCA